CUUGUCGGGAAACCCAACAUCUGGACAAUGGCGGUGCGACAGCAGCAGUACCAAAUCGAUGUCCGCUCUGUGGAAGAGCUGUUCGGGCAGCAGGAGGACACGGUGCCAGGCAUGCGAGGGGCAGCACCGAUCACUGGGCCAUCAGCUCGUGUAUCCCGAUCCCGCUCAUUCAAGGAGAGCAGCAAGGACGAGAUCAGCAUCCUUGACUCCAAGAGGGGGAUGAAUGUGGGCAUCUUCCUCAAGCAGUUCAAGAAGUCCAAUCGCUCCAUUGUUGAAGACAUACGACAAGGAGAAGGGAAGAUUUAUGGAGCAGAGCUGCUCAAAGACCUGCUGAAGCUCCUUCCUGACACAGAGGAGAUCAAGAAGCUACAGAUGUUUAAAGGAGAUCCAGACAAGCUGACACUGGUUGAUUCCUUUAUGUACCUCUUGAUCCAGGUGCCACGGUUCGAGGUUCGAAUCGAGGCUAUGGUCCUCCGUGAAGAGUUCUUCCCUUCCUGUGCUGUGAUGAGCCAUGAGAUCGAUGUUGUCCGUGUCGCCACUAAAGAGCUGAUGAGUUGUGAGGAGCUUCAUGCCAUUCUCCAUCUGGUGCUACAGGCUGGAAACAUCAUGAACGCUGGCGGCUAUGCGGGAAACGCUGUGGGAUUCAAGCUGUCCUCCCUCCUCUCACUGGCUGACACCAAGGCCAAUAAGCCAGGAAUGAACCUGCUGCACUUUGUUGCCAUGGAGGCAAAAAAGAAAGACGAGAAGCUGCUCAAGUUUCCAGAGAAACUCCAGGAUGUUCAGAGUGCAGCCAGAAUCUCAGUGGAAAAUAUUGAGGUGGAGUUUUCCUCCUUAUAUGUUCGGAGUAAAUCCCUGGAGGAAAAGGUUCAAGGAGACGAGGAGCUGCAGCAGCAGCUGGAGCCCCUUCUGCAGAGUUCAGCACAGACGCUUCAGGACCUGAAGAGACGCAGGCUGGAUCUGCGUAAAGAGGGAAAUGCUCUCAUCGAUUUCUUUUGUGAAGACAAGGAUACGUUCAAACUGGAUGAGUGCUUCCGCAUCUUUCAAGACUUCUGCAUCAAGUUUGAGAAAGCUGUAAAGGACAACACGGACCGUGAGCUGAAGGAAGCGGCCAGACAGCGUCGUCUGAGGGAGCUGGAGGAAAAGCGCUUUGCGUGGUCGGGUGCAGAUCAGAGCGGGGGAUUCGGUCGCAGCAGCAGCGAGAGCGACGUGGAAAUGCUCACCAAGGAAAGCCUCCUGGACUUGUUCCAGCAGAGGUCUCAGAGUCCACACAGCCCGCUGGGACGUUCUGCCAGUGCCCGACGCUACCGCCACACCAUGACCUCCAUAGCAGACCGAGAACUCCAGGGGUAUCUUGAGCUGUUUGGAGGCACCGGGAAUCCCACUGACUAUUCCAAGUUUAACACCCUACCUCGGUCGGGCCGCAUCAUGCAGCGGAGGACAAUCCCAUGGAUUUUAGCCCAGGAUGAUAAUCGUGAGCUGGGCUGUGACAGGCAGGUGACAUCUCCACGUGCAGAAACUGAACCUGUCAGCCUACUGGCCAGGUUUUCCUCCUCUACACUAAAUGAUAAUGAGGUCCCACACAACAACAAUAGUCAUUAUAUAUCUGUAUCAGAGGGCAACGCUCUGCCUCGGCCCUUAUGUGUCUUUCAGAAUCCCACUCAUCUUCCCAACCCAGCAAUUACUGGCCACAUGAAUGUUAGUGUGGAGAAGCAUACUUUAGUUCAGGGCCCUCAAGCUUUUAACCUGCCUAGUCCAAACAAUAAUGGUAAUCAAGUCCACUUCGUCAACCAGGGCAAUGUCGUGGUGGUGGAUUUGGAAAAGGAGAGACGGCCUCUUCCUCCCAAGAACUUGGACAACUUUCUACAUGAUCAAAUUUUAGAAAGCGGGAUGGAUCCUAAGGCAGCGUGGGAAGGGAAAAUAGACCCUCCCACAUCAGCUGGGUUCUCUCCUGAGAGAGAGAAAGACGAAGAGGACAACAGUACAAUUUCAUCUACAACCUGUGAUACACCCCUCCCAUUAGACACCUCUGUAUCCAGUAAGAAGCCAGUGUUUUACAUACUAGACUGCACAGAAACCGACUGCUCCGUUGCCUUGGAUUACUCAGAAGCUGAAAGCUCGUCUCUCACGAAAGAGAGACUUCAUUUCAGAGCGACUGACUGCAGCAAAGGUCAGGAGAGCCAGCAAGAUCCAAGCCCUCUGUCUUCUAAUUUGGAGUCGAUGUCGCCUAAUAACCAGUCUGUUUCAACCAAUGAGCUUUCAGCACCAAAAACGGUGGAUGCAGCAUCCAUGACUCCUGCGACCAGGGAAGAAUGGGACACAGAGAACUGUGACACCGCUGAGGGGGAACAGAUGGCUGAGAAAAAUGCACAGAGAAGCAGCAAAAAAUCCGUGCAUGCAAAGAGUAAAGCUAAGUGCAGCGGAGGUCGUGGUGUGCGGACUCUGACCAGCAGCGAGAACCAGACCAUGCGGAAAGUUGUGCCUAUUGGCAAGUUAACGAGGACAGGUAGCAGCAAGAGAGCAGAGAGGCCUUUGGUGCAUGAGAGCGGAGACUUACGCCGGCCUCUUCGAGACCAGAGCACCCCAGCACGAGGAAGGAGCGAGAAGACAACAAGAGCCCCUCGACACUCCAGCCUGCCUCCUGAUGAGUCGAAAGCUCAGAGGGGAAGCGGCCUAACAGGAAGCUUUUCAAGAAUGGCACGCGAUUCAACCCCGAGGAAGGCUUCCAUCCACAAGCCGAACGCCAAACCCCUGAGGAACAUCCCCAGACCCGCACCUGAGGAGAAAAUGUGCCGCUCCACCAUGAGAGCACUGGCCCAGGCACAAGCUCAGGCCCAGGGUGGAGCUUCCUCUGAGAACAGCAGCUCACACACGCUCAGUGCAAAAAACGCCUCUGAUGUCCCCAGCUUUGCCCGUAACACUGUAGCUUCGUCUUCCAGGACCAAGAAAGAGUUGCGCCCCCUGUCUGUCCCCUCCACCCCGUCUCGCAGCCCUUCACUCCUGGGUCGACAAACCUCUGCCAAGCAGAGCAGGUUGUCACCCACGGUUCACACCAGCGAGGAGCAGCCACAAGGAUCGAACAUGCGACGAGUGCAAAGCGUGAGGGCUACAAGUCGAAGUGCCUGCCGCAGUGAGACUCCCCCUCCAACACGUGAGGAUGUUCGUAAGACUAGUAGCUUUUCUGAAAAGUCGUCAGCAACACCCAGCAGAAGUGCUAAACCAAGCUGGAAAUAAAGGAAAUGGACAGCAGAAAGUAGAGAUGAGUAGAGACAUUCGCUCUCCUUCCCCAUCUACCGUGCAGAUUCCUCUUCAUAUGAUGCAACAGGCAGGACUUAAAAACCUUGUAAUGUUCCUCCAGUGGCUCUGUAUCAGGUUUUGAACUGCAAAGAGCAAGAUACAAUGAACUUUUCCACAGGGGGGGGGUCACUAACUAAACUGACAAAAUGGCAAAUUAGUGUUUUUGCACAGGAACCUCUUUGCCUGCUUAGCUGUCUGUUCACUGUCUAUGCUAGUGUCUGUGAUGAUGUUCAAGUUGGGCACUAUUCACUGUAUAAUGCUGCUAAUUAGCUCUAACAAACAGUGUCUGCUUCAUUCAGGGUUACAAGAUUUGUUGUACCUUCCCUUGCUGCUGCUAUGACUCUGUUUUGUUGCCUCCUCCUUGGAGUUCAGCUCUGUUUGUAUUUCAGUUCCUUUGCGUCAUACAGUACCUCAGACAGAAUGCGGUGGCCUUGUACCAGCAGAAGUAGAAUAUGUCAGUUUUGCUCUGCAUGACAACAGUGUAGACAAAAUCUGAUCAUUUGGUUUAAAAUAACUGUAAUGUCACGUUUUACAAAUCGCUGGUAUAUUAAUAUUACUACAACAUGCAUAAUGUCGCAGAUUAUAUGCCCACGGUGUAUAAUAACUGUGGUACAUCUCGUACCUUAUGUAUUUAUGUGUCAGUAGUUUGGAAAUGUGUUAGAAUUCCUCCAUAAUAUUAUGGAGCAGACGUACACGUCGGAAAUGUUUCCUAUCUGCUGUAGACUAGUACAUGAUCAACGCUAAUGCUUUGAGAGAAAAGCAUUCAACAUGUCUGAAACAAUGAAUUCAUGUCGUACCAUUUUUCUACUGUGAAUUUAGUCUAAUAGGAUUUUCUCCAGACGGGACAAGGUUAAACUGUAAGAGUAGCACUAAACCCGCCAUAAAUCAGCCCAGGCCCAGCGUGUGCCUCUCGUGUAUUACCUUUACAUCACAUCACAGAGCUGGUCAGCCGGUUUCUGACAAAUAAAUACCUGGUAAUCUCUGAUAAACCCUAAAGGUAUUUGCAGAAUGUGGUGGAAAACACAUGUUCUUGUCACAAAAACAAUAUAAGCAUGUUAUAUUGUAUGAAAAUAUAAAAGAGAGCAAUGUUACAUCAAUAUGGACAUAUCUGCAUCUGUGUUUUUAAUGCAAUAAAUUCAGUCCAUUUGCAAAUCAAUUUUAAACCAAAUUUUCCAAGUUACACCAGAGUUUCCUAAUCCAAGGAUAUUUGUUUCCUCUCUCUCUUUUUUUUGUCCAGGAGGUUAGAGGUGUCUUUGAGGACACACAAAGGCAAGUGCUGUUAAACGUUGCCAGGUAUUUAAUUCUCAGAUAAACUGAUGCUUAGCGAUGCCUGUUGAGAGGGUUCAAAUUCAGACCUGGUGACCAUUUCACGCCACCUGCCUUUCAAAUAGCGCUGUGCCACUGCCUUAAUGACAGCCACGCUCACAACAGUGUGUCGUCUUAAAGCUCGAUGAAGCCGAUUCAUCACCGGUAGAAACGCCUUGAUUGUAGAAGUAGAGAAGAGUAGAAAUGUUUCCUACAUUCCAUCACACCAAACUGAAACAGUGACUUCACUGGUUAGUGAUUCACUGUGAAACUUCUAAAGACACAGUAUUUUUCUGACUGUCACAUGUUUGCACAGCAUCAGAAAUGAAGGGUAAAACAGUGAUGUAAGCUAUGAGAGAGCAUGGAUGGUGGAAACAUCCAUAUCCCUCCCUCAGACGUUAGAGGUCCCUGACGUGCAGUGUGUUGCUGUGGGUAUCGUCCUGUUCCCUGUAAUGCAAAUGAAGUUGAUGAAGCAAUGACACAAAAGGUCCAGCGUGACGUGUCGCUGUGUGUGGCCUGUGUGUAGCCUAAAUGUACAAGUAGGAUCAUUUUCAUUGUCAUUUGUCUAUUAAAGCCCCUGAAAACUGGUUUUAUAUCUGAGGUGUUUCUCCAGAACAUUAGAUAUUCGUGGUUAAAUAAGCAAUAAUUAAAGUUAAGAGUCAGAAAAAAAAACCAGCAUUAGCUAUUAUUAAAUAGGACUAACCCUAAACACCCUGUUUUCUUCAUCAGGCCUGUGUGGAGGUGGUGCUAGCACCACAAACAAGCAACUCACCUACGUUUGGGAAACUGGAGAUUUUGGCAUGUUUGCCUACAAAUGACUAGAUUAUUAAAACUGUAGCCGCUUCUUUUUCUAGCGAUCAGCUCAUUGUCUGAUCAUUUCAUCUCUAAACACUGGAAAUUAGUAAUGAAUACCUGUUUGGGAGUGCUACAGCUGAUUAGCUUCAC